UUGUUAAUCAAAGGGUGUGAUGCCUGUACCAUUUUGUUGUUUUGCAGGAGUGUCAAUGCCGACGGGAAGAUACUGAAACCAUCCAAGCCUGCCACAGCCAUAGACAACCAAAUACGAAGGCUCGCGUUUGGCGCUGACUUCAACGGUCCAUCCGGGGAAGUGUACACAACAUAUUCUGACUUUGGUGGAAUGUGGAAAUUUGGAAUCAUACUGGCCGCCGACCUCCUUGCAGGAUACACGAUAACCCCAACUGAUGCAGGAUUUCAACAGUUACCACAGUUUCCGACCAGCAGAGUGUUUUCACACAGCAGUACAAGCAGCAUCGAUAUAUUCACUGAUGACACCCCCCUGGUUCUGUCUGGCUGCUCAACAGUUGCCUACUGUCUGUACUACACCUCGCCUACUAUAGCCAUGGGCGACAACACGGUUGUGGUCGUCCUGGGCGAACUGGACAAGUGGGUACCGAUGUCUCCACAGAGAGUUGUGUGGAUCAGAAUGGACACUGAUGUCAGUAUCCGCAUAACCGGUGCUCCCAGUGAGGUGGUCACCUUCUGGUUCAGCCUUAAUGACCAAGUAGUCACCGUUAAAUGCAUCCUUGGCCCAAAAGGGUUUGCUACUAUUCUCGCCAGGGCUCUCAAAUGUACGCCCGAAUAACUUUGGUUGCUAAUAAAAUGUUAUUGAGUAUUU